UAGCCACACCCGUUACAAUGCCGCGACUUUUGCCUCUUCUGCCGCGUCCAAUCAUCAUCCCAGCUUUUCAAUGCCAUCUUGGGUUUGUUGACCUGGAUUCCUCCCUCAUCCCUCAUCCUCAUCCCUCAUCCCCCUCCCCAUCUUUGCCUUCUCCUCCACAACUUCCGCCUUUGGUCUUCUUCUCCUCAAAGCCUUUCUUCCCCUUCCUUUUCAUUUUAUUUCAUUUUAUUUCCCCUCCCCGUUUCUUCUCUUCCCCUCUGCCCUCGUCCUUUCCUCCCCCUCCCCCUUUUCUUCCAUUUUCUCUAUUUUUUUUUAUUGCUUGGGCUUUGCAGGAUCCAACCACCCCGCGAUACCUAGCUGUCGUACUCUAUUAUAUCAAUCUCCCGGAGAGUUCAUACCCUAAUUUGCCCUCCCCAUUCCCUAUUAUCCCCGCGUUGGCCCUGUCCUUCACCACCCGAAUCCGGCUCCACUACCAACAAUGGUACAGCCCUUUAGAUCUCUAAACAUCAGUGUUCGCUUUUUCCCCAACUUUCGUCGACAACCUUCCAAAGAUGUCGCUGAUUCUGACCCGCCGUCGUAUCAAAUGGAAGAUUCCCCUCGCUCCCAUCGUGCCCCUCCGCCCCCUCAGCCCAGGACGCGUUUCAGAAUCCGCUACUUGUUGAAUCAUGUAGCUGCCUUGUGUUUGAGCGGUAUGAUGAUUGUGGUCAUGGUUCUACUAUUACGAAGGUACGAAAAUAAACCAGCUCCGGACUGGAAGACUGUCACGAUAAACUCGGCCUUGUCGUGGUUGGGGGUUUUCGGGAAACUUCCUUUGAUGAUGGUUGUUGCGGAAUGUAUUGGUCAGAUGAAGUGGAUCCUUUUCGGGAAAGAGAGGAGGAAACUCUCGGACCUGGACUUGAUUGACGGGGCCUCAAGAGACCCGUUGGGCGCACUGAACUGGUUGCUCAGGUUUCGCGGAGGGUAAAUCCGUAUUUCCAUCAAGUUUUUUGAGACGAGUACUAAUAUUUUUUUUACUUCCUUGUUUCAGGUUUCUUGUCCAUCUGGGUGCUGCGUUUGUCCUUGCAUCCAUCGGCUUUGAUCCAGCUGUCCAGCAACUCGUAUCUUAUGAACCACGCUCGGUCGUAGACACAACACAAACAGCGACUGUCUCUAGCAACACUAAUUACAGCCCUGUCCGUGGCUUCGAUAACGGUCUAAUCCUUGCUGUCCCUCGUGCUCUUCUUUGGGGAGCACAAUCCAGCGUCUUUGGGGCUCCGAUUCAACCGUCGUGGGAUUGUCCUUCAGGGAACUGUGAAUAUCCUGAAACGGUAUCGGUUGGUGUGUGCCAAGUUUGCACAGACAUCACUGCCCAAAUCGACCGAAACUGUACAGAUUUGAGCGCCCAGCAGUCCUUCUGCCGCGGCAAGCAGUGUUUCACGUCAGGCCGGUUAUGCACUUAUACCUUCAAUAAUGCGUCGGUCGGCGGUGGUCAAACAUUCAUCGAUAUUCGUGCCAAUUCAGGAAAGUCUACUAAGGAUAAUAGCACAGUCUCCAUACCUUCUAGGCGUAUUGAGAUGACUGCCCUCUACAUCCAGCCAGACGAGGCAUCAAAAUCAACACAAUCGCUUCCCGUUGCGCCAGGCUUCGUCCCAGCCGGCGGCUCUCACGUUGCCCGUGCUUUCUCUUGUGGUGUCUCAUUCUGCCAGCAGACUUUCCGCGCGUCUGUCGUCAAUGGCAAAUAUUUAGAAACCUCAAUCUCAGCAUCUCAAGUCCCCGCCUACUUGCUCCCGAUCCCAAAUCUUGAAAACAUCAACGAUACACUUCUCAAUGCACCAUUUGCUGUUGCUCAAGACAAGAAAACUAAUGUAUCCACCGCCGCCCUGUUCGCCAUGGGUGAAGGGCUCACUCUUUCCCUCACUGGCGCUGCCUCAGUUAUCACCGGCACACCAUCCUCGGGAGACCAAAUCAGCGAAUUCCAUAGAGGACUUUACGAGAACCUCCUAAACAAAGACUUUUCGACAAUCAUGUCCGAAAUGGCGCUCUCAAUGAGUCAUGCCAUUCGGAGCGAUAGCAAAGAAUCUGUUAAGGGCCAGGUUAAAAUUCAAGUCAACCAUGUCAGGGUUCACUGGAGGUGGAUUGCUUGGCCAGCCUCAAUGACGCUACUAGCCCUCAUUUUCGUCGUUAGCGUUACAAUCAAAUGUUACUCCAGGGACGCGAUGGUUGGCUGGCUAGGCCACAGCCAAAUCGCGGCCCUUUUCCUCGGCCUCGAGCCGGAGAUGCGCACAGACGUAGACGGUAGCGGUGUUGCUGGAGGUCGCAGUGAAACUGCAAAUGUCCGUGGCUUUGCGGAGAAGAUCAAAUUACGUCUAGGUGUAGUGAGGGUCCAUGGAGGGGAGGCUAUUAGAGUGAAAUUCUGUAGAAGAGGCGGUUGGUAGGCGAUGUUUUUAGAUUGAAAAAACGAAAGUCUUAUGUGUCACGGUCUUUUCACUCUUUUUUCUAUUUGGGGGGUGUAUAUUUUUGUAUAUAGAUCUUUUCCUGCUUGAUCGGAUUUUAUGAGGGUUAUAUGGGCUAUUUGGGAGUUUGCCGGAGGUUUAAUUGUAACUGGGUAGGUUAACAUACGAGUUGCACGGGCAGCAGUUAUCAAAUGUAGCAUUUAUAAAUUUACAAUUAUCUACUCCGAGCUGACCCUUUGAAGUUUUCUUGUGACAGUUGAGAUUGACUCUCAUAAGCUAGAUCCUAUCAGACAGUACUCGUAGUACUUUACUAGAGUUUCCUCCCACAUUGAAGUACCAAACUCCCCUGGCCUGCUAUGUAUGAUACCUAGUGAUACCGAGAUAAGGUGGAACCCCCACGGUUGGCGCAAAAACCGCGCGGUAAACCAUGGGCCAUCAUCCGUAACUGAGCCGCCCUGGGCAUUCGCGGUUUAAGAAAUGUGUAUCUCCGGUUUUAUUUCGAAGUUCGUCAGCCAACGUAGAGUCACUAUCAGUCUCGAUUUUUUUUCCAGUGCUUUUUAUUUUCUUCCCCUUCCUUUCCACCCGCCGGUUCCCUCUGGCGCUUGUGAUGGGGGAACCCCUAAAACCAUGGAACAUCACUCGUGCAGGACCAGAUUCUUUGCCAGAACACACUAGCAAGGUUCGACAAUCGCAGUAUGAUACGAGCAGUGCUAUCGCCAUUCACGAAU